AUGGGACAUUUUUUUCAUCAAAAUUUCGGAGAAAAUAAAUAUUUACUUGAACAAAUUAUUUGUUCUGAUAUUGUUAUUAUUGAAAAUAUUAUAUUUCAAUAUGCUUGGAUAAUUAAUAUUUUUCUUUAUUUUGGCAGAUCAAAUGCUAAAUAUGAUGAUAUUAUUGGUUUUGCAUUUGAUCUUUUUGAAAUAUUUGGACGAUUUAUUUCGAAUUAUUUUCGUUUAUAA